AUGGCACAGUCACUCACAGCUCGGAUUGUAUGGGUCAUCGUGGUGUUGGCGUGCGCUCUGAUAGCGCUCUUCUUCACGGACAAAGUGGUCUCUGAAUACGUGGCGCGACAAACCACAACUUUGAUCACUUUCAAGCGCGCCAAACAGCUGGAACUGCCGGUGAUUGUGGUCAGUAAGGCGGGGGUCUUGGGAGUUUGUUGGCUAGGAAUUGAGGUUAAUAAUGUUGUCAAGAGAUGAUAUACAUGUGUAUGGUAGUAUUUUCAUAAAGUGCAUGGACAUUUUUUCCCUUUCACAAAGUGCAUUUUGAGCUUUUUUCAUGCUUGUCGCCAACGCACAGUGCAUUUUUCUCUUUUAUUGGUCUGUCAGGAAAAGAAUGAGCGCAACGUCGGAUGGCUUUUCACUUCAGCCACGCGAUCGGCACAGCGACAUUGCGCUCAUUAUUUUCCCGACAGACACUGAUAUAAAAAUACUGUAGGUGUGUCCGAAGAACCCGGAUGCCAUCGUUUUGGACGCCGUGAAGCGAGAGAUCCGCGCGAGAAUCCCCUUCCUUUCCGACGAAGAUGCCGUGAAUUUGAUCAGCUAUGCCAUUGCCGGCUCGGGCAUGGCUAAUAUGGACUCGAUUGUGAGUAAAUGGCAGCCACUGCAAAUUCAGCGACUGCAUUCCCUUUUUCUCCGAUGGAAGGGGAGCCGAGACUAUUUGCAGUUCUAUAACGAUCUGUUCUUCAGACAUGGGUACAAGUGUAAAGACGUAUGUGUAUAUCUGUCUGUAGCAUAUCAAUAUGUGGGAAAAUAAUGAGCAUUCUGUCGCAUGGAAAAUCGUAUCGCCGCCGAGAAAAUGAAUUGUGUUGCGGCAAAAUCAAAUUGCUUUUCAGUUCAGAGACACGUUUGGCGCAGCGACAUUUUGCUCAUUAUUUUGCCGACAGACUGAUUUUAUAUUAUCUCACUUAUAACUACCAUAAAAGUGGAUCUUCCAUAUCAGUCUGUCGGGAAAAUAAUGUGGCUUUCUCGCAGCAAAAUAUCUCAUCUCUUCGCAGCCGUGGCUAGCCGUCGCAAAGCGAUGAUGGCGGAUUCCAAGGCGCGACAAAUCCACAUUAUUUUCCCGACAGACGGAUAUCAGUUUGUCGGAAAAUAAAGCGAACUAUGUCGCAUCAAAAAUCGCAUCGCCGCGGAGAAAACCAAUUGUAUCGCGACAAAAUCAAAUUGUUUUUUUACAGCGACGCGAUUGGCACACUGACAUUGUGCUCAUUAUUUUUCCGACAGACUGAUAUGCUUAUAUGCUUGGGACAUUUCAGCUUUUCCAUUCAUGCUACAUUGGCUACGACAAGUUUGAUUGUUGCGACAAAUUUCAACCAAGGUUUGUCAUGUUGCGCGGGAAGUGCUACCGAAUGAUAGCACAGUUUCAAACGGCGCCGGAUGUUCAUGGCCGAAUUGCUUUGUUGAUAAAACAACUGCCUAGUCCAAUCGUGGAGAGUUCGAAGAAACAAGUAAGCCCUCGAGUUUUAUAUAUGUAUAAUAAUAUUUUAUAAAGGAAGUACAUCAAGUGAGAUGCUCAGAUUUCUAUUAAUUUUUCAUAGAAUUGAUAUAUGCGGCAUUACCAAUUAUUGAGAAGUUUAGCUCGCGCUUUGCAGGGAGAGCCGAGAUAUUCAACGAUCUUUGCGGCCGUGAGAGUACGCGGAACGCGGAGAGCAACGGGAAAACAGGCUUUUUGGCCAUGUUUUCGCUAGUUUUAUGCGGAAAAAAAUUAUUUUUUGUGGAAGCAUUGCCCUCUACUGUAGAAAGACGUGUUAAACCUUUUCAUGCCAAAAUUUGAAAAAAAGUGUCACAUUUUUGAUAACGUUUGGUAUAAAAAUCUCCGUCGUUUCUGCAAGGAGCGGACUAGAAGGCAUGAAUUUAAAAAAAAUUAAUCUAAAUUUGUGCCAAUUGUUAUCAAAAUCUGAGCAUCGCACUUUGAGAUAUAUACCUUCCCCGUUAGUUAUUUAUCAGUCUGUUGGGAAAAUAAUGCGAACAAUGUCGCUGCGCCGAUCGCGCCACUGAAGUGAAAAGCAAUUUGAUUUUGCCGCGACACAAUUCAUUUUCUCGGCGGCGAUGCGAUUUUCGAUGUGACACAGUGCUCAUUAUUUUUCCGAAAAACUGACAUCGGAGGUCUAUUUAGGCCUAAAAGUGACUCUUGCGACGUCCGCAAUUGUUCGUUAUAGAGGGGUUUUGAAGUUUGCUCAUCGAACUUGAACUGUACAAGAGUCACUGAAAGUUUUCUUUCAACUUUUGCAAAAGUCGCUGAGAAAUGUAGGAAUAAGCAAAAAACGAUAUACUCAUUACUUUCCCGACACCCUAAUAUUACUUUAUCUUAGCCGCAGGCAAUCGUCUUUCUCACAGACAACCAUACAGACACCUCGACUUUUCCCAGGUUUGUUUUACACUCCAUUUAUGGCUUAUAGCUGAUUUCUGCUGUCUUACAAACAAUUUAGAUUCUACGUCAACGAAAAUGAAUCGGUUUUCGUUCGAUUUGUCGCCCGACUCCUGCGCAUGUCUCCAUGGGAAUCCGAAUGCUCCAUGCUGGACGAGGACAAGGGCCGAGCCACCUGUUAUGUCAAGAAAUACCACGAAUACCGAGUUCUUGGCCCUCUAAACUGCUCUUUAUUUUAUCUCCAUCAUCGCGUUCAAGGCUACGACGUGUGUGAGCCAUUGCGAAUUGUCUACAAUUACAAUGUGGUGGUCAAUGGCGCUAUAGGGUUCGUUGGGGAACGAGUAGGUGUUUUUUCUACUUUUUUGGGAAAAAAUAUUAUCUCAGUGUCUGCCACAUUGCCAUCGCUGGUAUCAUGAGUUCAAGAUUUAUCGAAGCGAUAUAACUCAGCGCUUCAAGCCAACCAACGAAACCAUCUUUCGAUUUGAGAGCGGAUUCACUAAUUUGGAGGUAUAUAUUUUGUUGGAUCGCUGUAGAUGCGCGUUUUAUAGUACGAAAUCUACGAAGAAGUGAGGACAACAACGCUCCCCGGCUUUGUCUCUCAAAUCGGCGGACAAUCGGGAUUAUUUCUGGGGUUCUCGGUCAUGACUCUGGUCCAAUUUUUUGUCUCCGCAUUUCGAUUUGUUAGAUAUUUGACUUUGCGAUUUGCAAACCGUACAGGUCGAUGUUCACGGGCAUAAAUUAUAUUGUACUAUAUCAGAAUUUAAAAAAGUUAAAAUCUGCGAUCAAAUUACAAAAAAGUCAAACUAUUUUAUCGUAAAUAUUCAAUAGUGUAAAAAUUUUACGUCGAAACCACGAAUUUCCCUAAUUUCUGAGGGAAUUUAGCGUCCCACCACGAAAACAAUGAAUGCCAAACAUCUUGGCAUUCUGUAUUAACAACAAAAAAUAUAUUUUACGUGUUGUUUGUGAAAAUUCCUUCGACAGAUAGAGAAAAUAAAGCCGCACAAAGACAUUUUGGACGCGCUUGGACGCAGGAAACAAAGUUUACGCCGAUCGGAACCUUCACCAUCAGACCAUGUCUGUCCGGCUGGGGAAAACCUUUCCGGAAUUUAGUUGUCAAACUUGCAGCGGACCCAUUCCCAGUUUCCAUGAGUGGAUUGGCAACAGGUAAGCUAUUGAGCGUUAUUUUCUUUGAUUUAGAGAGGAAAUCCCAUUGAAAUUACGACCUAUAUUAUACUAGACCUCCAAUUUCAGUUGGGCAAUUCUUUUCUCUCAUCCUGCCGAUUUCACACCAGUUUGCACUACCGAGCUGGCUCGAGUAGCUCAGUUGGCACCUGAAUUCGCGUUGAGGAAUGUGAAAUUGAUUGCGGUUAGCGUGGACUCGGCUGAAUCGCAUCAACAUUGGAUCAAGGACAUUGUCUCAUUUGGAAAUGUUGCUGCGGAUGGAGAAAUUGUCAAAAAGUUGGAUGAAAGUGAGUAAAAUUUCUUUGUGCUUCGAAUUUUAGGUGGAAAUGCUGUAUUGUCGCAAACAACGAUGUUUGUUGAGGAAAUUUUGAAUUUAGGCAUCAUGGAUAAGAUAAUAAAAAUUCUUGAACUUUAGAUGCCUUUCCUUACCCAAUUAUCGACGACUCCGACCGCAAAUUGAUUGAGCUCCUUGGAAUGGAAGAUCCGGACGAAGUAAACAGAUCUGGAAUGCCUCUGGCAGCUCGAGCAGUCUUCAUCAUUGGACCUGACAAGCGACUGAAGUUGUCCAUCUUGUAUCCCGCUACGACUGGCCGCAAUUUUGAGUAUGUUGAAGCUGAAGGCUUUCUUUCUCUUUUUUGUUGAUUUUUAGAGCAAAAUAGCCUGAAUUUUUCAGUGAAAUUAUCCGAGUUGUCGACUCUCUUCAGCUCACGGCCAGUCAGCCCGUCGCAACUCCGGCCGACUGGCAUCCCGGCGAUUCUUGCAUGGUGGUGCCGAAUCUGGAUAACGAAGAGGCUCAUCGACGUUUCGGCGAGAUCCGAGCUUUGCCCGUGCCCUCAGGCCGUAAUUAUCUGCGGAUGGCCAACCCAAGGUUACCGUGA